GCACUCCCCACACAAAGACACCUGGCCGAGUCCUGGGCGGCCAAAAAAAUGUCGACCCGCUAUCACCAAGCAGCGAGUGACAGCUACCUGGAACUUCUGAAGGAGGCCACCAAGCGCGAUCUGAAUCUCUCGGAUGACGAUGGCAUGACACCCACUCUCUUGGCAGCCUACCACGGCAACCUGGAGGCUCUGGAGAUAAUCUGCAGCAGAGGUGGGGAUCCUGAUAAGUGCGACAUCUGGGGAAAUACUCCUCUACAUUAUGCAGCCUCCAAUGGCCACACCCACUGCAUCUCAUUUCUAGUCAACUUUGGUGCCAACAUCUUUGCCCUAGAUAAUGACCUGAAGUCCCCAUUGGAUGCUGCUGCCAGCAGGGAGCAGAAGGAAUGUGUUGCUCUCCUGGAUAAGGCUGCCACCAUACAGAACACCACGAACCCCAAGAAGGUCACCCGACUGAAGGAGCAGGCUCUGAGGAAUGCCAGGAGGCAGAUGAAAGAAUGUGAGCGACUUCAGGAGAGGCACCAAAACAAGAUGGCCCGCACCUACAGCAAGGAGGACUCGGGGACUCUUUCUUCUUUCCAUGGCACCUUCCCCAGCUCGUCGCUUUCCAAGGCUUCUGCUGGUGGAUUUGGGUCACUGUCUAAAGGCAUCAAAGAUACCUUUAAGAUAAAAUUUAAGAAGAACAAAGAUACCGCAGAGCAGGUGGAGAAGGAAGGCAGGAAUGGGCAGAGGCAUGUAAUGGAAGUGUUCAGAGAGGAGGAGGAAGACUCAUUUCCAGAGGACGUCAGAGAGAAGCUCCAGUUGUCAGCAGAGAAAGCCAGGGACGGACAACACGAGUCUAUUCUCAACCGCCCAGGGCUAGGGAGUAUUGUUUUUAGAAGGAACAGAGUACUGGACCUUGAGGACAUCGCAGACAGCAAGAGGGAGCUGGGGUUUAAAAUACCCAGUGACUUGUUCCAAAGACCAGGAGCAGCUGAUGAAGAGGAGGAUGAAGAGGGGGAGGCAAACAGUACUGCAGGUGACCUUCCUUGGGACGAAGAAGUAGAAUGGGAGGAGGAUGUGGUGGACGCCACCCCGCUGGAAGUGUUCUUGCAGUCUCAGCAACUAGAGGAAUUCCUUCCCAUGUUCAUGAGAGAGCAGAUGGACCUAGAAGCCCUGCUGCUUUGCUCUGACGAGGACCUUCAGAAUAUCCACAUGCAGCUGGGCCCCAGAAAGAAAGUCCUCAACGCCAUAGACAAGAGGAAGCAGACACUCCAGCAGCCUGGGCAGCUGGUGGACACCAGCCUCUGAUGGAGGCCACUGGUGAGCAGGGUGACCUGAGCAUGUGGUCAUGCUGAGUUCCCUUGGGAGGACCACAGGAAGCACCCUGGACCUGAUCUUUGUCCAGUGAAAGACCUCUGGGUAUAGGUGUUAAAGUUUUAAAGAGGACCUUCAAAACAGAGGCCCAGACUCUGGGAGAUAGUCUGUAUUCAAGCAAACCAUCAGUUAAAAAAUAAAAGUCAGGAGACCUUGGAACAAGAAAA